GCGCAGAGCGCUGGAGCUCGCGGUGCUUCAGCAGCAGCAGCAGCAGCCGCGCGGAGAGGAGAGAAAACACAGCCCGGGGAUGCACGAGGAACCGAACUUCGAUCGGCCAGGUGAUGAACAUCUUUCGCUCCUUGGGUUCGUCCUGAGCCGUCCACCAGUAAAGUCAAGAGCCUUGGGAUGAGUGUCGGUUUAAUGUGAGUGUGUGAUUAAUUAAAUGGCUCCGAUAAUGGAGGGCACACACACUGUGCUGCGUCUGCACAAACCCAUCGAGGAGUUCAGCCACAUCAGCCUGUACUUCCCUGCUGGGAGGGUCCGAGGCUUUACGUACGGCGGCCGUAUCCCUCGUGACCGCCGGCCUCUGGACACUAAUCGGCAUAACCGGGAGGAUGAAGAUCCUGCAAAGGCCAAACAAAGGGGCCAGUCUUACAAGGCAGUGGGCGAUGCCUCCCAAUCCUACAGUUCAACAAAAGGAGUUUUAGCUGAGCUUCAGUGGUUCUCUGCGCAACACUGGCAGUUGCUGGUGGAUCUCCUGUCUCUAUGCGGUGACUGCGCAACCAGGCUCAAGAUGGGCAACCAGGACGGCAAGUUCCCAGAUGAUCCUGAAGCUUAUGCAGGACACCUCCUGCAUGAUCUUAGCAGCAGCAACCUUCAGCAUGCCCUUUCUUUGUCCCCAGAACAUAAAAGAGCAGCCUCCCGAGUUCGGAAGUUGAAAAAAUUGGCCGGAAAGAAGACUGACAGCAAUGAAGACUACUUGCAGAGUAAGGUCAAGAAGAAAAUCGAGAGCUUUGCAACUCAUCCGGACGCAAAUUCUCUGGUUCUUCAGGCAGCUGGAAGCCCUUCUUUUCAGGGACAAGACAUGCCAAGUUCAAACUCUUACUCUGGUGUCAGCAAUGAGCCAAUGGAAGCAAUUCUGCCAAUGGAAGGACCCUUCCACACUGCUCAGGAAGGUUGGGACUUCAUGGAGGAAUCUCGGCCAUUCGAUUCAGAAAUGGACCUCUGUUCAGAGCUCACCGAAUUUGAGGAACAGUUCGGUCUGGGUUACGACGUAUCAACAUGUAGUUUCAUGGACAUGAACGUGCAAGAUCAUAUCCAUCCAAUGGUCAGUGGAAAUAACUUACGACCCGGCAGGAACAGCAGCUCUACAGCGAAUGAAGAAGGGAACUUCAGGCAACUGAAGUCUAGAGGUCAGGAAGACAUCAACAGUAUGGAUGCCGUUGUUAAAAUGGCCAGUGAGGUACAGAAUGGUUCUUUUGUCGGGACCAAAGACACAUCCUUUGGUUCUUUUGAAGCUGUUCCUCAUGCCAGUAAGGACAGCUCUUUCAUGGAACAAGCUUGUCAACAUUUCAACCAAGAAGAUUCGAGGAAAACUCAGAAAACUCAUGAAUUCAACCUGCGAGACAGACAUUCUGAAUCAAUGAGGCUUCCCCUCUCACCAUAUGCUCCGGCUCCUGCUCCGGCUCCAGCUCCGGCUCAGUCUGGAGCCUCCAACCUUAGACCCUGGACCAAAAGUCCCACAUCUCCCUCCCUUUCUGGAGUUUUCAAUGUGUCCUACCCUCCAACCAACAGUCUCCAAAGUAUGUCCCCUGUCCUGUCGCCACUCUCUUCUAAACUCUCCAGUCCACAGUUGAACCAUCGCAUUGUGUUGCUGCCUGAUGAGGAUGAAAGUAAAGAAAAAGAUGAAGACAGGUGGCCUCAAGAAGCGGCUGGGUCAUGGUCAGAAGCUGGGAAACAGCCUAAAGUCACAACAGAGGUCAUCGACAAAAAUGGGAACCGUAGAACAAUUACAAGGCUGGACCUGAACCUGAGCCGACAAGGACCUGGGAACUCUACCUGGAAUACUGCUGGCACUUCUGGUUCCACAACUACAGAGGACCCUUUCUUGAGACAAGAUGAAAUCUGGUUGUUUGAUGGUGAUGACGCCAUUUCUCAAGAACCUCUGUGCCGAGCCACCAGACCCGACCGUCUUGAUUUUCUGAGAAUCACACCGCCUGAGGAUGAUAUCUUUGGAGACACACCAUAUCACCCGAAACUUCAGGUUACAUCUGAGGUCUGCUCCCCCACAGACAGCGAGGACAGAACACCGGGGCGACUACAAGCGAUCUGGCCUCCACCCAAGCCGAAAGAUGAGGAGGAGAAAGUGGGACUUCGUUAUACAGAAGCAGAGCACCAAGCUGCCCUGCUCCAGCUGAAGAGAGAAUGCAAAGAGGAGCUGGAAAAACUGCAUGCCGACUUCAACCUCCGGAUCUUCCAGCUGCGGGGGGAGCAUGCUGUGGCAGUGUCCCGUCUGGAGGGAACCAUUGCUGAAAUGCAGCGGGAGCGGGCGAGUGGCUCGUUGCGGGAGCGUGGAGAAAUGCGGGAGGCCUGCGUCUCCACUGAAGAUGACACGCCCCCUAAAACGUACCGGAACGUCUGCAUCCAGACUGACCGCGAGACCUUCAUCAAGACCCCACCGGACGGGGAGGCCCCCAAGCUAACCCCAAGCCCCAGCCUCAGCAUGCCCAAAAAACUGGACCUGGACUCCAUCACCAUGACCUUAAAUGUGAGCCCAGGAGCUCCACCACCUCCUCCACCUCCUCCUCCUCCUCCUCUGCCAGGCUCAGCAGCUCUGCCUCCGCCUCCACCACCACCACCACCUCCUCCGCCGCCGCUUCCUGGAUUCACAGCCCCGCCCCCUCCACCUCCUUUACCUGGACUUGGAUCUGGAUCUGGACCUGGACCUGCACCACCUCCACCUCCACCCCUCCCUGGAGCUCCACCUCCUCCCCCACCCCCUCCACCUGGCAUGCCCGGGGCCCCACCUCCACCACCACCCAUGCCCGGAUGUGGCCCUCCUCCUCCUCCACCUGCCUUCGGUGGAUUUGGCAUGAGCCAGGCAGCCAGUAAAGCCCCACGCAAGCCAUCAAUAGAGCCCACCUGCCCCAUGAAGCCCCUCUACUGGACCAGGAUUCAGAUUCAGGACAACAACAAUAACACACUUUGGGGUUCUUUGGAAGAGCCAGACAUUGCUGACACAAAGGAGUUUGAGGAGCUUUUCUCUAAAGCUACGCUGCAGCCCAAGAAGAAGCCUCUCUCUGACACUUAUGAGAAGAAGGCCAAAGCUAAAAAGAUCAUCAAGCUGCUGGACGGCAAGCGUUCCCAGGCGGUGGGGAUCCUGAUAUCCAGUCUUCACCUGGAGAUGAAGGAUAUUCAGCAAGCUGUUCUUACUGUGGACAACUCUGUGGUGGAUCUGGAGACCGUUGAGGCUUUAUAUGAAAAUAGGGCUCAAAACGAUGAGUUGGAGAAGAUUAAGAAGCAUUAUGAGACAUCCAAAGAGGACGAAGUCAAGCUACUGGACAAGCCUGAACAGUUCCUCUAUGAGCUCUCCCAGAUUCCGGAUUUUGCCGGUCGAGCUCAGUGCAUCAUAUUCCAGUCCGUGUUUCUGGACUCCAUAUCGUCCAUCCAUCGCAAAGUACAGAUCAUCUCCACAGUGUGUCAGGGGCUCCUGGAGAACAGCAGUAUUAAAGAGGUGAUGGGUCUUGUCUUAGCCUUCGGGAACUACAUGAAUGGCGGGAACAGGACCAGAGGGCAGGCGGACGGCUUUGGCCUAGAAAUCCUUCCAAAAUUGAAAGAUGUCAAGAGCAGGGACAAUCGGAUCAGCCUGGUGGAUUAUGUGGUGUCAUACUACUUGCGAAACCUGGAUGAGAAUGCCGGGACAGAUAAGAGCAUCUUCCCACUGCCUGAGCCUCAGGACUUUUUUCUGGCUGCUCAAGUCAAGUUCGAAGAUCUCACGAAGGACCUACGAAAGCUAAAGAGGGAUCUGACAGCUUGUGAGAAGAAUGUGCAGAAGGUGUGUGCCAACUCCACAGAAGAACACCUCCAGCCAUUCAAAGACAAGAUAGAGGCUUUCAUCACUACUGCUCAAGCAGAGUACAGCGCUGAAGAUGACCGUCUGAAUGCUGCCCAGAAAAGCUUCCAGGACAUGGUGGCCUUCUUUGGACUCAAGCCCAAAUCCGGGGAAAAAGAGGUGGCUCCCAACUUCGUCUUCAUGCUCUGGUUCGAGUUCUGCAACGACUUCAAGAACACGUGGAAGCGUGAGAGUAAGAACAUCUCCAAGGAGAGACUAAAAGAAGCUCAGUUAAAUGUUCAGAAGAUCACAGCUGAGAAGAGAGUCGAGACAAAGAAGGUCAACGCCAACAGCCUGAAGGAGAGACUGAGGCAGAAAGAAGCGAGUGUGAGCGUAUCCUCCAGCUGAAGUUUCCUCACCUACUUUAAAGCAGACGGCAGUGAAUCUGACACACGGUCCAUUACAGCAGGGGAGACGUGAGACGGGACAUUUCCUCUAUUGCGGAAGGACAAUCAAUGGUGGCGGGACUGCUCUACUGCGGGACUUCAGAUACUGUUGGACUGCUAACGUCUCUCCUCAUCACUACGAUAAGGACUCUGAGGAAUUGGACAUAUCACAAGCAAUUUGCUUCUGCAGUAGAUCCUUUUAAAAAGGUGCUGCUGAGAGGUGAAUACAGGUUAAUCACACUUGUUGUAGCAAACACCUUAAAUAAACCAAAAGAUAAUACCAGGUAAACCUCACUCGGGUGAAGACAGACAGGUAAGACGUCUGUAGUUCUGCUCCAGACGUGUUGAUGAUGAUGAGGGCAUUGAUGAUGCUAUAAAAUAAUACACAGAUCUUAACAAUCUUAAAGAAGAGGUGAUGUGUCAAAUAUUAGAUAACACUUUACAAUAAGGGUCACAAAUAACAGAACUUACGACAAUAAUAAACAUUAUUUGGCCCUAAAAUAAUGAUAAUUCUCUCUUGGCGAUAUGACAAAACACUCAAUAAAAAAAGAAAAAAAAAUCAAGAAUACACUAUGACAAAAAUGACUUUUUUGUCCAAAACUGAACAAAAUGAAACAUAUUUUUUCUUACUUUUUCUCCACUGAAAAAAUCGAGUUGCCUAUAUGUUAUUUUUUAUCUUGUUCUCCGGAGAAAAGGCUAUUAAAAGACUACUAAUUAUAUAUGCAGCUCUAGAAAAAAAUAAGAGACCAUUUAAAUUUCUGAUUUUGCUAUUUAUAGAUAUAUAUUUAGGUAAAAUUAAACAUUGUUGAACAUUUUUCCCAAAUUCCAAAUAAAAAUAUUGUCAUUUAGAGCAUUUAUUUGCAAAAAAUGAGAAAUAGUGCAAAGAAAACAAGUUCAUAUUUAUAAAUAUUUAAGAGUUCAGAAAUCAAUAUUUGGUGGAAUAACCCUGGUUUUUAAUCACAGUUUUUACAUUCAUCUUGGCAUCAUGUUCUCCUCCACCAGUCUUACACACUGCUUUUGGCUGAUAACUUUAUGCUGCUUUACUCCUGGUGCAAAAAUUCAAGCAGUUCAGUUUGGUGGUUUGAUGGUUUGUGAUCAUCCAUCUUCCUCUUGAUUAUAUUCCAGAGCUUUUAAAUUUGGUAAAAUCAAAGAAAUUAAUCAUUUUUAAGUGGUUUCUUAUUUUAUUCCAGAGCUGUAUUUAUUGAACACUGGAAAAGCAAAAACAUCUCUAGUUAUAAAGAUAUACAACAUUUAAAGAGAAAAGAAAACUAAAAAAAAGAAUGUAAAUUGGCAGAUUUGUAAAGCUUUUCUUUUUUGUCCAUCUACCACACAUAGAAAAUAAGAUAUUACACACCUCAAAUGACCAGAAAAGGUCCUGAUAUAUUUAUUUUUUUAAUCUAUGUGAACAGCCAGAGUGGGUUUAGAUUGUUCUGCCUUUUUUCACGACUAAUUAUUUUGCGACCACUUAACCCGUAACACGUGUUGCACUUUCCUGCUCGCGGCAGCAGCCUUUAUUUUACCACUUGAUUGAUGCCCGAUCGAGUGUGGUGAACCUUUCCGGCACGUCACUUUCUCUCUCUGUCUAUGCAGUCAGUCUCCUUCUUCCUGUGAAGCGGUAGUGGAGCCCACAUAGCCUGUAUAAAAUAGAGUUUAUUUAUUUUGAAUAUUCAAUAUUGGUUGUGGUUGUGUUUAGAGUGAUAUGUUCAAAUCUAGUAUUUAAAUAUAUAACAGUAGCUUAUACUAAUAAUAGAUAGAUAAAUAGAUAUUUAAAUAUAUAUAUAUUUGUAAUUAGACAUAGGCAAAUUCAUUGAUGCCUUAAUUGAUGCUGAAUUUCUCAUCAUUACCAAAAUGUAAAUUGGCCUAAUCUGCUUGUCAUUUUUUGCCUUUUUGAAUCUGCUGGCACGGUUAGAGACUAAAAAGAGCCUAAAUGUUUGGGAAAAUGCUUGAUAAGGGGAACAUUUUAUUCAUAUCUAGGUUUUAUUUAUUAGUUUAAUAAUUCUACAAACAUUUUUAUUGGAUUGAAAUGCGGAUGAGAUCUGUUCCGAGGGGUUUGGUGAGGUUUCUGUGGAAAUGGUGAAUUUAAAGCUGUCUGUAUCACUUUAUCAGAGUCUAUCAGAGUCUGUAGAGUAGAAACAGCCAGUCACAUUUAUUUUUAACUUUUUAUAUAAGCUCUCCCAAAAAAAAAAUCAAAUUUUAUGUUGAUUGCACCUGUAAAAAAUGUGUUUUCCUUUUUUUUUACACUGAAUUCCACUAAAAUGUAUAGUUUUUUGUGAAAGUGAACAUUUUGAAGAUAUUUAUUUGCACAUCAGCAAAUAAAUACUAGUCUCUCACACUUCAUAAGGUGCAAUUCAUGCUGGUAAUAAGGAGCCCCUUUUUUUGCUUUACCAUAAACAUACACUUUCCUUUCCAGUCAUUCCUUGUUGUUGAGUUUGGUUCUGCUUUUUUUUUCUACAGCACUGAGAGAUUUAUCAGUGAAAGAAUGGCACAGAAUGAAGUAAGUGGUAGGAAGUGGUGGCAUUUUGUAUUUUUAUGGUUUGAGAAAAAACCCACUCUGUUAUAAAAAUAAAGAACACAAUCUGGUGCA